UAAUUUUAUUGUAUAUUUGAACGAAUUUGUAGUGAUCAGAACAAGUGUCUAAAUAUUUAAAUGUAUGCAUCGGUUUCAUAUAGACAAAUAUUAAUGAAACUAUCUUUGAAGCCAACAUUUAUGAAAUCAACAUGUUAAUUUAAAUUUUUAAACUUUUUUGAACAUUUUUUAAGUUUAACAAUGGGACAAAAUAUAUAUAAUCACAUAUAUAUGCUUUCUAGUAUGUAAAUAGGUCUUCAACCUUAUCUUUAAUGGGUGGAAAGAAGUCAAUGUUAUUGUCGGGCACUUGCUGUGCACAUUUCCAUAAUUAUUACACCUUGUCCACUCUUAUGAUCCAAAUACAAAAGUAAAGAAAAACCUUAUAUAAUCCAACCAUUAUAAUCAUCAAAUAUCUAUGCCAAUAAAAAUGGAGAUCCAAAACAUAAUUCCCAUUAUCCUCUUCAUCACUUUCGUCCAUUUCUACAACCCUUGUCAAUCCGAGCUCUGCCACCCAGAAGACAAGAAAGUCCUUCUCCAAAUCAAGCAAGCCUUCAACAAUCCACGUGUCUUCUCCAGAUGGGACCCAAAAACCGACUGCUGCGCUGACUGGACAGACUCCCUCAAAUGCGAUGAGACCACACACCGUAUCACCUCCUUCAUGCUCCUCUCCGGUGAUCUUUCCGGACCCAUCCCCUCUCAAUUCGGAGACCUUCCAUAUCUCGAUGUCUUAUGGCUUCACAAGCAACCCAAUCUCACCGGACCCAUCCCACGAGCCCUAACCAAGCUCCACAAGCUCAGGUUCCUUGUAGUUAGCUGGGCCAAUCUAUCGGGACCGGUCCCGGACUUUCUUAGCGAGAUGAAAAAUCUAGAAGACAUUCAACUCUCUUUCAACAAUCUCUCUGGACCCAUCCCGGAAUCUAUCUCCAAACUACCCAAACUCACAGGGCUUAGCUUAGACCGUAACAAACUGACGGGACCAAUACCGGACUCAUUCGGAGAAUUCCAAGGCAAGAGCUUUUAUCUUGAUCUGUCCCACAAUCAAAUUUCCGGAAAUAUACCAAUCUCGCUGGGGAAUAUGAUGGAAUUCAACCACGUGGACCUGUCCCGGAACCAUCUCGGUGGUGAUGCUUCUGUGUUCUUCGGUUCUAAUAAGAAGAGUUUGCAGUACGUGGACUUUUCAAGGAAUUUAUUGGAGUUUGACCUGUCCAACGUUGAGUUUCCAGAGAACUUGUUUUGGUUAGAUCUGAACCAUAAUAAGAUAAGAGGGAGUCUUCCAGUGGGAUUGGCCUCACUGAAAUAUUUUCAGUUUAUAAAUGUGAGUUACAACAGAUUGUGUGGACAAAUUCCCGUUGGUGGACGGCUAAAGAGUUUGGACAAUACGUCGUACUUUCAUAACCGUUGCCUGUGUGGUGCUCCUCUAAAAAUUUGUUAGAAGCUAUGAAAUAAAUAUAAUGGGGAUGUAGCUCAGAUGGUAGAGCGCUCGCUUAGCAUGCGAGAGGUACGGGGAUCGAUACCCCGCAUCUCCAAGGUUUUUAGUACACAGUUCAUAAUUGUUGGACACUUUUACUUUUUAUUGUUACUUCUUUUUCAUUUACUUUCGGGAAGAUAGAAGAUAUAUAAAUUACAAUUUUAACUGCAUUCAACUUGAACUCCUCCCUCCGUUAAAAAAAUUAUUCUUUUUUAGAAUUGUGUUUUUAAAAGUGAGAAUAAAAAAUAACUUUUAUCAUUUUAAAAGUUAAAUA